GCGGCUCCAGGAAACCGGCGCCCAGUCGCCUCGCUCCGAGUGUCCGUCAGCUAUCCUGGAGCGUGUCCCCAACCCUGCCGGGAGCUCCCAAACUCGGGUCAGAGAAGAGCCCGGGUCCGAGACUUCGUCCUAGCUGCCCAAGCCUAGACUGGACAGGACGGGACGGGACGCGUUUAGACCCGAGCGAAGGGGCGCUCCGCACUGAGACCUGGAACUGUCGGGCCUCGGACUUUGAGACACCAGCGUCUGAGAGUUGGGGUCAGUGAGUGACCAGUAGCAUCCACUCACCCAGCCCGGCCUAUGGUACCCGGAAUGGAGCCCCGCGGCCCGGCCGGGGCUGCUGACAACCGCGUCUGAGGGGAGGGGGCCAGGGAGGGGGAGAGGCCAUGACCUCGGUGUGGAAGCGGCUCCAGCGCGUGGGUAAACGCGCCGCCAAGUUCCAUUUCGUGGCGUGCUAUCAGGAGCUGGUGGUGGAGUGCACCAAGAAAUGGCAGCCAGACAAAUUGGUGGUGGUAUGGACCCGGAGAAACCGACGCAUCUGCUCCAAGGCCCACAGCUGGCAGCCCGGGAUCCAGAACCCUUAUCGGGGCAUGGUGGUGUGGAUGGUGCCAGAGAACGUGGAUAUCUCUGUGACACUCUACCGGGACCCCCACGUGGAGCAGUACGAGGCCAAGGAAUGGACAUUCGUCAUCGAGAAUGAGUCCAAGGGGCAGCGCAAGGUGCUGGCCACUGCAGACGUGGACCUGUCCCGCCAUGCGGGGCCUGUCCCGUCCCAGGUGCCCCUGCGGUUGAAAUUAAAGCCAAAAUCAGUGAAAGUGCUGAAUGCAGAGCUGAGCCUAACCCUGUCUGGGGUCUUGGUCAGGGAAGGCCGAGCCACGGAUGAUGACAUGCAGAGCUUAGCCAGUCUGAUGAGUGUGAAGCCCAGCGACGUGGGGAACCUGGAGGAUUUUGCUGAGAGCGAUGAAGAGGAUGCAGUGGGACAGGGGGCCCCUGAGGCCCGGGCCAGGCCUGCCCAGCCAGAUCCAUCCCGGGAGCUGAACACUGUGUGUGAGGAGGAGGAAGGAGGGAGGUCUGGCUCUGGGGCCAUCUCCAGGAAGGGAGCAGCGGCCUCUGCCCACCCUGCCACCCACCCUGCGUCCCAGGCUCCACUGGAGGAGGGUGGUGUUAAGGAGCCCAGCCCAGCCCCUGUCAGCUCCAGCCAGUCCCUGCUUGAGUGGUGCCAGGAGGUCACGGAGGGUUACCCAGGCGUCCGUGUCACCAACUUCACCACGUCGUGGCGCAACGGGCUGGCUUUCUGUGCCAUCCUGCACUACUUUCAUCCGGACAAGAUUAACUUCGGAGCCCUGGACCCCCAGAAUAUCAAAUAUAACAACAAGCAGGCUUUCGAUGGCUUCGCGGCCCUGGGCGUCUCGCGGCUGCUGGAGCCGGCAGACAUGGUGCUGCUGGCCGUCCCGGACAAGCUCAUCGUGAUGACCUACCUGUGUCAGAUCCGGGCUUUCUGCACAGGCCAGGAGCUACAGCUGGUGCAGGUGGAGGGUGGAGGCCGGGCCAGCACCUACAGGGUGAGCGGCCCUGAGCCCGAGCUGCCUGAGGCCCUGGGCUCCAGCCACCUGGCCCAGCGCCUUCGGGAGCGUGGCGGGGACGUGGCGGGGGCUGCGACGGACAGCAGGGACGACGCCCACCCGGGCCCCUUGAGGGAUCCCGCAAAGGCUGCUGGGAGGCAGCCGAAGGAAGAGGAGGGCGAGGCCAGCCCAGGGGCGGGUGCCACCGCAACGAGCUCAGGACAGUGGUCUAACAGGGACACAAAGGAUUCCAGGAGGGGAGCCCCCGUUGCCCCAAAGGAUGCUGGGGUGGAUUCCACCAAGGCCAAGAAGGAUGCUGGGAGCCAGGAGGCCAGCGGCUCCGAGGGCGCCAGAGCCGGGGCUGGAGGCCCCGCGGUCAGGACCAGGACGCCAUCCCCGGCUGACCGGCUGACCAACGGGACGGGGCCCGGCACAGUCAGACUACGGCGGCCCUCGCUGAACGGGGAGGCGGGCACGGGGCCCGUCGCCCCUCCCCGGGCCCACGGCUCCUUCUCCCACAUUCGGGACGCCGACUUGCUAAAGAAGAGGCGCUCGAGGCUUCGGAGCAGCUCUUCUCUGUCCGUGGACGACACUGACUCAGGGGCCCCGGGGCCCUCGGAGACCCCGGCUCCAGAUUCUGCCUCUGCCUCUGCCUCUGCCAACCAGAAGCCCACCGAUGUGAACCCUCCUGUGGAGGAAUCAUCGCUAAGUUCUGGUUCCAACGUCAACCCCAGCGAGGAGCCUGGGAUGCAGCGAUUCCAGGACACAAGUCAGUACGUGUGUGCCGAGCUACAAGCCCUGGAACGGGAGCAGAGACAGAUCGAUGGGCGGGCGGCUCAGGUGGAGACCCAGCUGCGCAGCCUCAUGGAGACAGGUGCUGACAAGCUGCAGGAGGAGGUGCUGAUCCAGGAGUGGUUCACACUGGUGAAUAAGAAGAAUGCCCUGAUCCGGAGGCAGGACCAGCUCCAGCUCCUGAUAGAAGAACAGGAUCUGGAGAGACGGUUCCAGCUACUGAGCAGAGAACUGAGGGCCAUGAUGGCCAUUGAAGACUGGCUGAAAACGGAAGCCCAGCAGCACCGGGAGCAGCUCUUGUUGGAGGAAUUGGUGUCCUUGGUGAACCAGCGGGAUGAGUUGGUGCGAGAUCUGGAUAAGAAGGAGAGGAUAGCCUUGGAGGAGGACGAGCGCCUGGAGCGGGGGCUGGAGCAGCGGCGUCGGAAGCUGAGCCGACAGCUGAGCCGUCGGGAGCGCUGCCUGCUGAGCUGAGCCGGGCCGCGGACCCCCGUCCAGUCCCUUAGGGUGACCGCUCCCUUUCGGGGUGGGUGCGGAACGAGGGUCGCCGCUGUCCCGGGCUACGGCCGUCUGACUUUCCUGAGGUCCUAAGCCCCCAGUCCUGGGGAUCCCCUGGCACCACCCGUCGAGCAGGGUGAGCCAGGCGGCCCCGGCACUGGGCCAGAGGGUCUCUACUCCCUUCCGAUCUGCCUGGCUCCUGCGGCUGGGCCGGCCUAGGUCAGGCAGAUGCAGUCCAGCCACUGGCCUCGCGGUCCGGCGCUCCGCCUUCCUGCACCCCCAAAGGGUCUGCCUCUCAGCUUUCGACCCUCCCUGCCCCACUUGUACCUUUCCGCGCGUGGCCACCAGAGACCGCCGUGGAGCCUGGUUUGCAGCACUCCGGGAGCGUGGGGGGACCCUAGCGGCGAGGUCCGCCCAGUCUCCAACCCCGCGCCCAACGGGCCGUAUUUAUUGAAGCGUGUGUGUGUGUGUGUGUGUGUGUGUGUGUGUAUCUGUGUACGCGUGGGAGCCUAGGGGCCCGCUGCACUUAGGGACCCUCGACCAUCUCCAGUGGGUUCUUGGACCUUCUCUAAACGAACGAGAGAGGGUGGGGACAGAGCGCUCCAUGGCUCAGUCCCCCAACCUUCAUCCCCCUUCCCCCGGCCCAGCAAAGAAGGGCUCCCUUGGCUCUUGUUAACAGAGGUGGGGCUACAGAACCAUCGAUAAUUGAGCCUGUGGUGAUGACUGGCUGCCAAAAUCGUCUCCCAAAUCCCUUGGUGCCCCGGACCACCCUCGGGGACCGCACCUCCACAUCCAGGAGUUUGCCACAAUAAAUUCUGACUUGGA